CUUAAAUCAAAAACAAAUAAUUCUACAAGCAUCCGAGUGUGAAAUCAACAACUGUUAGACUAUGACAGUUAUGGAUUUGUUCAACUUUGAGAUUUGCUGUAUUUUAUGGUUCGUUCCAGUAUCGAACGUUCAAUCGCGUUGUGAUGGACGUACAGAACCUAUUAUUGAAGUAUGUACUGACCAGGAUGUUACAAAUACAAGUGCAAUAGUUAUAGAUACAAACAGAGUUCCGAUAUUCAAGGAGACAUCAUGCGAAUGUGUGAUUACAUCCUUCAGUCUGCCUCUCCAUUUUGUUUUCAAUGCAUUCCAUUUCACCGAAACAGACAAUUCACGAUUUGAAAUUAAGGAUAUUGCAAUAAAAAGACAUCAAGCAUAUGCUGUUGUAAAUUUAACAGAAGCUACAAAACUUCAUUUUUCUACAAAUGGUUUCUAUAGAUCCAAUAGAGUUUGCGUGUUGGUUUAUCCAGAAGAUGGAACUGGAUUCAACAUUUCUUGUUCGAAAGCCACAAAUGAGACAAAAAUUCCAGUAACGGUUACCCAAGGAAGUGAAAUAACAGAGAUAACAUUAGAGCCAAAUCAUGAUAAUGGGUUGCCUUCAGCAGACAAUAAUUGUGGAGAAAACAAUGUUACAACCAUUAUAAUACCAAGUGUGAUUUGUGCCAUGCUGCUUGUGAUUAUAGUAUGUUUCCUCGUUUACAUUAGAAGAUUAAGAAGUCAAAUUGAAAGCCAGCAUCAAUUGGACAAACCUCCCCAUACAGUGCAUAUAUCAGUAAUAGAGACACUACCAGAUCCAGAUCAAGUCCCAAGUCAAGAAGAAAAAGUUGCUAGCGCAUCUUUCAACACAUAUGAACGAUUAAACAUGUAUGAUAAUGAAAAUUGUAGUGCUGAGAUGUAUCAACAACUUGAUGUUGUUAAUGGUUAAAGGCAUUGAAAUGCCAUUGUUUUGGCAGCAGAAAUGGCCAUAAUUGGGACAGUAUCAAAAAAAGAUUAGCUAUGAUUUUUGGCUAUUUUGUUUAUCUUCCUUAAAAGUAUAUUAUAUAAACUUGUCUAUGACGGUAUUGUUCCUUUCACUUUCUAAACCAUUGCGUUACAGAUAUUGAAAAGUAUAUACAUGUAGUUCCUUAUAAUUGGGUUAUUUUUAUUCCUAAGAACUUAUCUUUAUUGGAAAUAAAACUUCUGUCAUUGAACGCUUUGUUAAUCAUGAAAAAAUGAUUUCAGCAAAAAUUUGUAUUAUUUUAGUCCAUAAGAUAUUAAGGAUACUCGUACAAGAAGUAUCCACGUGUCUUAUUAUUCUGUUUAAUAAAGCUUUACAAGUGAAGCUUUGUUUAGUUUAGAUUCCAACUCGUAAGCUUAAAUAAAGAAUUUUGUGUUCAUUAGUAAAACGCAAGAAGAAAACAAUAAGGAUAAUGUCUAGACUUCUUUAAUGAAAAUGUUACGCUUCAUGAAAAUGUAUAAAUGGGUUAUCCGUGUGUACAUUGUUUAGGAAAUAAGUAUCAAUUUUGAACGCAUUGUUGCAGAAUAAUGCACGGUUUUAGUUCAAAUAUGAAAGAAUAUAAUCACAAAGGCCGAUAGGCCUCAGUGCUUAAUUACAAACCAUUUCAAUGAUAAACCGUGUAUUUGUAUACCAUUAUGCAAUAAAGAUAAAUAAAUAUUUCUAUUCUAUCAUGCUAAUAUA